GCGCGACCUGGGUGCCAUGGCGGCGGCGGCGGUGACAGGCCAGCGGCCUGAGACCGCGGCGGCCGAGGAGGCCUCGAGGCCGCAGUGGGCGCCGCCAGACCACUGCCAGGCUCAGGCGGCGGCCGGGCUGGGCGACGGCGAGGACGCACCGGUGCGUCCGCUGUGCAAGCCCCGCGGCAUCUGCUCGCGCGCCUACUUCCUGGUGCUGAUGGUGUUCGUGCACCUGUACCUGGGUAACGUGCUGGCGCUGCUGCUCUUCGUGCACUACAGCAACGGCGACGAAAGCAGCGAUCCCGGGCCCCAGCACCGUGCCCAGGGCCCCGGGCCCGAGCCCACCUUAGGUCCCCUCACCCGGCUGGAGGGCAUCAAGGUGGGGCACGAGCGUAAGGUCCAGCUGGUCACCGACAGGGAUCACUUCAUCCGAACCCUCAGCCUCAAGCCGCUGCUCUUCGAAAUCCCCGGCUUCCUGACUGAUGAAGAGUGUCGGCUCAUCAUCCAUCUGGCGCAGAUGAAGGGGUUACAGCGCAGCCAGAUCCUGCCUACUGAAGAGUAUGAAGAGGCAAUGAGCACUAUGCAGGUCAGCCAGCUGGACCUCUUCCGGCUGCUGGACCAGAACCGUGAUGGGCACCUGCAGCUCCGUGAGGUUCUGGCCCAGACUCGCCUGGGAAAUGGAUGGUGGAUGACUCCAGAGAGCAUUCAGGAGAUGUACGCCGCGAUCAAGGCUGACCCUGAUGGUGACGGAGUGCUGAGUCUGCAGGAGUUCUCCAACAUGGACCUUCGGGACUUCCACAAGUACAUGAGGAACCACAAGGCAGAGUCCAGUGAGCUGGUGCGGAACAGCCACCAUACCUGGCUCUACCAGGGUGAGGGUGCCCACCACGUCAUGCGUGCCAUCCGCCAGAGGGUGCUGCGCCUCACUCGCCUGUCGCCUGAGAUCGUGGAGCUCAGCGAGCCGCUGCAGGUUGUUCGAUAUGGUGAGGGGGGCCACUACCAUGCCCACGUGGACAGUGGGCCUGUGUACCCAGAGACCAUCUGCUCCCAUACCAAGCUGGUAGCCAACGAGUCUGUACCCUUCGAGACCUCCUGCCGGCAAGUAUCUCCCAACUGGGGGCUGCCUUCAAUCCUCAGACCAGGAACACCCAUGACACAGGCACAGCCCUGCACUGUGGGCGUGCCCCUUGGCAUGGGGCCAGGAGAUCACUGGGUUAUCCCGGUAAGCCCCUGGGAGCAUCCACAACUGGGGACCUGCUCAGUGGCCCCCCUGCCUUACAGCUACAUGACAGUGCUGUUUUAUUUGAACAACGUCACUGGUGGGGGCGAGACUGUUUUCCCUGUAGCAGAUAACAGAACCUACGAUGAAAUGAGUCUGAUUCAGGAUGACGUGGACCUCCGUGACACACGGAGGCACUGUGACAAGGGAAACCUGCGUGUCAAGCCCCGACAGGGCACAGCAGUCUUCUGGUACAACUACCUGCCUGAUGGGCAAGGUUGGGUGGGUGACGUAGACGACUACUCGCUGCACGGGGGCUGCCUGGUCACGCGCGGCACCAAGUGGAUUGCCAACAACUGGAUUAAUGUGGACCCCAGCCGAGCGCGGCAAGCGCUGUUCCAACAGGAGAUGGCCCGCCUUGCCCGAGAAGGCGGCACCGACUCACAGCCCGAGUGGGCUCUGGACCGGGCCUAUCGCGAUGCGCGCGUGGAACUCUGAGGGAAGAGUUAGCCCCGGUUCCCAGCCGCAGGUUGCCAGUUGCCCAAGAUCGGGGGUCCGGCUGUCCUUCUGUCCUGUUGCAGACUAAAGGUCUGGCCAAUGUCUUGCCCCACCCCGCCAGCCGCGAUACGGCGCAGUUCCUAUAUUCAUGUUAUUUAUUGUGUACUGGCCCCAUCUGCCCCGUCAAAUAAAAAACCACAAGGUUCGA